AUGGACAGCACCGGCCUCGAGAACGGCCCGCGAAAGACGAACCGGGCGCCGGCGCUCUCCCACCGCAUGAAGCACGACAAAUCCAUUCUCGCACUCGCCGUCUCCUCGAAAUACAUAUUCGCCGGAACACAGGGCGGAGAGAUACUAGUGUAUAGUCUCGACACGUACGAGCGGCGCAGAGUCAUCGAGGGCCACAGAGGAAGCGUGCUGGGACUCUGUCUCUCAGAAGACCAGUCGCUUCUGUUCUCCAGUGCGACCGAUCCGAUUGUAAAUGUCUGGUGUACUUCCGCCUUCCGCCGCCUAUAUGCGCUCUGGUCGCCGUACGAUGUCGGUGAUAUUUUCUGCGUCGCGUACUCGUCCUACCACCAAAUCCUCUACCUCGGCGCGCAAAAUACAAGCAUACAGUGGUACGAUCUGAAAGAGAAAGACCUCCGACCGCCGCCAACGCUUGCAUCCCAUCCCUCGGAACGGAAGAAUAGGUUCUUCGAUUCGACAGGCCCUGGCGGAGUACAAACACCCAGACCGCACGGCGCAGAAGCCAGCUUGAAAGAUGCCGUGGGCGGACAAUAUCUCGAAAUCGACAAGAAGGAUAUCCGGCAAUUCGCACAUUUUGGCUACGUGUACUGCAUGCUGCUCGGAAAGGGCAUACUUCCCGACGCUCCAUCCGAGGAGAUACUGGUAUCGGGCGGCGGAGACGGCCGAAUAGUCCUAUGGCGGAUAGAUGCCGAGCAAGGAGGUGCCAUCUCAAGCAUCUGCACGCUGGAGGACGGUAGAGAAGAAGGGGAGUCUAUUCUAUCUCUUGCCCAGGAUGGCUCUUUCCUCUACAGCGGACGCUUUGACGGCGAGGUCAAUGUCUGGGAUCUCGAAACGAGGCAGCUUGUUCGAAGCCUGAAGGCCGAGACAGGCGAUGUUCUUACUCUGAGCUUAGGCGGUGGUUAUCUCUUCGCAGGAGGGAUAACCGGUCUUAUCCAGAAAUACAAUCAACACUACGAGACAGUGUCGACGUUCAGAGCGCAUGACGGGCUCAUCCUCGCAUCCGCCUUCACCACGAACAAUGGGAAACCAACAUUCGUCACUGGUGGAAAUGACAACACUAUCGUCAUCUGGGACGUGCAAGACUGUGCGGAGCCAAGUGCAAGCACGCGAAGAAGCAACAAUGAUCUCAUGGUUGAAUCACUCAACCAAUUCAUCUCCUUUCGGACAGUGUCAUCCCUACCAAAGUACCGCGCCGAUUGUCGAAGAGGUGCAUCGUUUCUUCGAUCAGUUUUCCAGAAUUUUGGCGCAGUGACUGAGAUGCUCAACACCACCGAGCCAUACAAUCCCAUCGUUUUCGCCAAGUUCAGGGGUAACCCUGCAACCGCAGCGUCGAGAAAGAAAAUACUCUUCUAUGGACACUACGACGUCAUUGCUGCAGAAAACGAACACGGCAAGUGGAAACACGAUCCAUUUACUCUCACCGGAGAAGGGGGUUAUCUGUACGGUCGUGGCAUCUCCGACAACAAAGGGCCAAUCAUGGCCGCAAUCUAUGCGGCUCAUGAGCUUGCCAACGAACAGAAUCUGACUUCGGACAUAAUAUUCCUAAUUGAAGGAGAGGAGGAGUGCGGCUCGCGCGGCUUUGCACAGGCGAUCAAGACAAGGAAGGAGCUCAUUGGUGAUGUCGAUUGGAUUCUGUUGGCGAACAGCUACUGGCUCGACGAUCACGUCCCAUGUCUGACGUAUGGCCUGCGAGGUGUCAUCCACGCUACAGUCCAGAUCGAGAGCAAACACCCGGAUCUCCACAGCGGCGUUGACGGGAGUGCGCUGCUCGACGAGCCACUCAAGGACCUGGUGAUGCUUUUGUCGAAGCUGACUGGACCACAUGGCAAGGUCCAGAUUCCUGGCUUCUACGAUCCUAUUCUACCCCUCACCGAUGAGGAACGGAAACUCUAUUCCGAGAUUACAGACACGCUCCUCCGCGGCAAUCCAGACCUUGGAGACCCGGAAGAACUCGCGCAGUCUCUCAUGCGCCGGUGGCGGGAAGCCUCGCUCACCAUCCAUCGCUUUCAGACUUCCGGACCCGACAACUCCACCAUUAUUCCGCGCUUGGCGAAGGCUUCGCUGUCCCUGCGUCUUGUGCCCAACCAGGAAGCUUCUGAAGUCGCACGGGCAUUAACCUCAUUCCUCCAAUCCGAGUUCGAACAGCUCGAUUCGAAGAAUUCUUUGACCGUUACCAUUGACCAUCAAGCCGAGCCUUGGCUUGGUGACUUCACCAACGAGAUUUUCCAAACCCUCGAAAGCGCCAUCAUGUCCGUCUGGGGCCCCACGAUAGGUCGCCGCCGCUCCUCCGUUCACCCUUUGAAAACCCAUCUCGACUACUUCACCACAGCAUCUCCAUCUUCUGAAACCCGUCCUUCGCCUACUACGUCCAACACUCUGGCCAAUGGCUUCGUUGAAGCCGAUGCCGCGCCCCCUUCUCCAACUAUGGUGGCCCCGAAACCCUUGUAUAUACGAGAAGGAGGGUCGAUUCCUAGCAUACGUUUCCUAGAAAAGGAGUUCAGCGCUCCAGCCGCGCAUUUACCUUGCGGUCAGGCAAGCGAUUCGGCGCAUUUAGAUAACGAGCGCUUGAGACUCGUGAACUUGUACAACAGUAAGAAUAUCUUCAAGAAGGUGUUUAGCGAACUGCCUUUGAGAUAG